CCAUAAAUGACGCAGGACGCUACGCUAUAAUAAGUAUAAGUAGAGUGCAGAGAAGUGUAACUGAUAUUUAAUUGUAGUAUAUCGGUUGUCUUUUUACGUGAAUUUAAAUUAACUGCGGCUAAAUAUGAGUACUUUAAAACGAGGCGCUUUAAUCGUAAUAGAAGGUGUAGAUCGCUCAGGAAAAUCAACCCAAUGUAAAAAGUUAAUACAAGCUCUAGAGAAAAAGAGAAUUGAAUCCAAGUUGAUCACUUUUCCAGACCGAAGUACGUUAACGGGGAAGCUUAUUGAUGAGUACUUAAAGAAUAAAGACUGUAAACUGAAUGAUCAAGCAAUACACCUCUUAUUUUCUGCCAAUCGGUGGGAAAAUGUGGAGAAAAUGAAGUCACUGUUAUAUGAUGGCGUUACCCUAAUUAUCGAUAGGUAUUCUUAUUCUGGCAUAGUGUUUUCAUCGGUGAAAAAAAAUAUGAGUAUGGAAUGGUGUCAGCAUCCUGAGAAUGGCCUUCCUAAGCCAGAUCUAGUGCUUCUACUAACUUUAAGUCUAGAAGAAAUGCAGUCCAGACCAGGUUUUGGCAAUGAAAGGUAUGAAAAUAUGGAAUUUCAAAGAAAUGUUGCAAACAUGUAUAAUCAGCUCUGUGAUGAAGAUGACAAUUGGGUUAAAGUUGAUGCUGCUGGGUCCAUAAAUGAAGUUCACAAUAAAAUUUUGGAAACUUGUUUAAGGAAAAUAGAGAAAGUUGAGACAAAGCAGCUAAAAAGUUUAAAUUUCAAUAAAGGCAGUUGAAAUAGUAGAUAGACUAGGUGAAUUAAUAAAUAUAUUUAUAUUAUAUUAAUUAUUUUUUAUAUAUUGUAUUAGUAUUUAGUAAUGAUUGCACAUUUUCGGAGUAUUUGUAUAUACAGAUGAUAAUUAUAAACAUGAUAUCAACU